AUGCCCUGGAAUGCCCACAAGAAUCCAGCGGGUCCCAUCCGCGCGCCCGCCAUCGCAGCGGCCGUCCGUCUCCAGCAGCAACAGCAACAACUGACUCAUGACGAAGACACGGUCACCUGGAAGCGCUCGUUGCGUGUAGUAGAACUAGAGGACUUACCGCUCUCUCGCAAUGACCUCGCGACGUUGCGACACUGCGCUCUGGUGCAUCCGGACGAUUUCCCUACUGAAGCCGCUGCAAAAAGAGUGGACGGAGCAGCGCUUGUAUACCCGCGCGCCCACGUGCAGUUUGUGGUGGCUGUUCAUGUGCACGAGGCAGUCCCAGUCGGAUCGAUCGCGUUGUCGCAGCCACAAGAGAUUAAUCUGGAGCUCUGCAAGUUCCAGACCGAGACGUGGACACUCUUCACAGAACACGUGCCUACAAUUCGGGCUGUAUCAAUUGAAAUACGUCCCAUGGAGAAAGGAAGAGACGAUGAACAUGACGAGAACGAGGACGAGGGUGGCAGUGAGACGAUGCGGACCGAGAGAUUGACUGCAUCGGCUCCACAUGAGUCGUCUGCUGCGGCUCUUGAUGCUGUUCCGAUUGUGAUGGAUGCAAACGAGUUUGCAGUAGCGUUUGCCACGUAUACGUGGCAACGUGUGCUGACCGAGAACGAGCUACUUGUGAUGUCGUACAAAGACGGUCGCCGUUAUUUUGUUCGGGUGCUCGAAAUCCAUGCAGUCGAUAACAAUGAGACGGAGUUCACGAUGCCGGACUCGUAUCGUGGUCGCGUCGACGAAGACGUGAUCGUCUGUGUGUCGUCGGAGAGAGGUCAGUCGAAAACGUUUGAGCUACAGAAUGCGACAUCUGUGGACUCGGCCAGUCUCGCGUCAAUGCGCUCGGACGUUGUGACAGUGAUCACGAACGACGAAGAGGAGUUUCCGGUCAAGAAGAAAUUGCUGUUUCCGUGUAUCAAGCUAUCGUCUGCGGUGCUUUCGGGGAAAGGUGUGCACAAGGAUGCUUUAUCUACGAUCGAGGUGGACGUGGAUUGCUGUACGUUCGAUCGAGUGCUUUUGUAUUUAGAGCACGAAGCGCGCAAUGACGGCACAACGUUUCAAUUCGAUCCCUCAUUCACGGAAGAUCUUUUAAACGCAGCGAUAACGGUGGGUUGCAUUGGUCUGCAGGAAGUGUGUCAAAAACGCUUUGGCGAGUUCGAGACGCGUGUGCGUAAGGAAGCGAUUCGAUGGGAGGAAGUUGUUCACCGAAAUGGAUCCGGCGAAGUGUGGCUCGUCAUGCAAGGAAUGGUGCUCGACAUCACGCGGUGGAUCCCAGAACACCCAGGCGGGUCGGAGUUGAUCGCUCAGGAAGCCAUGAACGUAGACUCGACAAUUAUGUUUGAGAUUUACCACGCAAGUCGUCAGUCGUUUCGCUACCUUCAGCAGUUCUACAUUGGUGAGCUAUCCGAGUUUGACAUUGCUACAAUGCCAAGACCGAGAGAACAGCCGUCGGAAGCCUUUUUGCACGAGCUGCAGCAAUAUACGGCGUGGCGUGUCAAGCCGCGGGAGCAAACGUUCAAGAGCUUUUAG